AUGGCUUUCGUCACCAGGCAGUUUGUACGCAGUGUGUCCUCUUCGUCCACAGCCUCAGCCACGGCGAAGAAAAUCGUCAUCAAGCAGGUGGCGGUCAUCGGCGGUGGGCUGAUGGGCGCCGGCAUUGCCCAGGUUGCUGCAGCUACUGGCCACACAGUAGUGUUGGUGGACCAGGCAGAUGACAUCCUGGCAAAAUCCAAAAAGGGAAUUGAGGAAAGCCUUAAGAAAAUAGCCAAGAAGAAGUUUGCAGACAAUCCUCAGGCAGGCAGUGAGUUUGUGGAGAAGACCCUGAGCAACGUAUCGACCAACACGGACGCGGCGUCUGUAGUCCACAGCAUGGACCUGGUGGUGGAGGCCAUCGUGGAGAACCUGAAGGUCAAGAACGAGCUCUUCAAGAGGCUGGACAAGUUUGCUUCCGAACACACAAUCUUUGCCAGCAACACUUCCUCUUUGCAGAUCACGAACAUAGCCAAUGCCACCACCAGGCAGGACCGCUUCGCCGGGCUCCACUUCUUCAACCCAGUGCCCAUGAUGAAGCUCGUGGAGGUCAUUAAAACUCCAAUGACCAGCCAGAAGACAUUUGAAUCUCUGCUGGACUUCAGCAAAGCCCUGGGAAAGCAUCCUGUUACUUGCAAGGACACGCCCGGGUUUAUUGUGAACCGCCUGCUGGUGCCCUACCUCAUGGAGGCAGUCCGGCUGUACGAACGAGGUGACGCGUCCAAGGAAGACAUCGACGUUGCCAUGAAGCUGGGAGCUGGGUACCCCAUGGGCCCGUUUGAGCUUCUCGAUUACGUUGGGCUGGACACAACGAAGUUCAUCAUGGACGGGUGGCAUGAGAUGGAUACACAGAACCCCCUGUUUCAGCCCAGCCCGUCCGUGAACAAGAUGGUAGCAGAGAAAAAGCUCGGCAAGAAGACUGGAGAAGGGUUCUACAAAUACAAAUGA